AUGUCGUUUGACCAAUGGUUGGCUUUGAACGACCUUGGACGAUCUCGUACCAGUAAUCGUGCUUCGCCUCGGGUAUCGCCGUAUCCACAACGCGAUAGAACCCCGCCGCAACGUCUGCAAGAUGAAGCAUCGCCUGCAACCAACGCUGCAUCACCUUCGGCUCAUCGAACAGCAGCACAGCAUCGACUUCAGCUAGUCAUCCAACCAAUCGUCAAGAAUACGAUUGGCCAACGUGACACAUCGGGUGAGGCCCCCGAUGUGUUUGCUGUGAAUGGUGCCACAUUUAACGAUAUUAUGCGUAAGAUCUGGACCAAGUUCAGUUGCCGAGUUAAGAGGCAAGCAGUAAAGCGUGAUGGUACCUGGUCUGUCGAGGAACCAUUGGAGCAAGCAUGGUCCAAGGUCAUGCAGUUUAAGAGCGGUCGUCACCUAGUUGACAGCACGAAGAAUAGCCAGGCCUGGAAUCGCUGGAUUGCUUCAACGCGUGGCGAAACUGUGAAGUUGAUGAUCUACCAGUAUGGGCUAGCUAUUGCGAAAGCACAAGAUCUCGAAGAGUUUCUCACAGCAUGUAUUCGCCGGGUACAGACCGACCGCUCUGGCGCAGCAGCUGAAAGCUCGCUUCAGGAGGUUGUUGAAGAGCUGAAAGAAAUUUGGCGUGCAACAUUUCAGGCUGACCCAAUUGUGUGGCGAAUGUGGGCGAAUAACAUUGUUCGAUCUAUGGAUCGAUCGACAUGGAAUCGUGAGAUAUUGAGAGCUCCACCGGAUUACAUCGCGCGACUGCUUCGUCCCGCCGGGGUGGAAGUUGACCGGCACCUGUCGAGUCUCACACGGUCUGCCCGUUUGGCGUUGGAUUGUGUCAAUGCAUCUCUUGCUGACAACGAAGCUCAAUCCCAACACAAUGAAGUUCAACGUCAGCUUAUCACCCGUCAAAAGGAACGCUUGCUGCAAAGAAAAUCGACCAUCGAGAUAUUUCUCGCUGACAUCCCACUGCCGUCCAUUAACGACGUUGAAGACCCCCUCGAGAGAAUUGAAAAUGUAGAAGACAUCGACCACGAAGAGUAG